GAUGAGGGAGAGUUGUCUAAAGAGGAUAUUAAAGAAAUUUACAAAGAACUGCAAGCUAUCAGUGACAAAUUAAGAGUAAUGGAACUUAAACAUUUGAAUUAGUAUCAAGAAAUUAAGUGUGCAAAUUUUAUUAAUUUAUACUAUAUAUACCAGAGGUUUCCAAGCUUUGUGUUACUCUGUCCCAUAUUAAAAAAAAAUUUUGCUUCCCACCUAAUUUUGUAAAAAUAAUGUGGGCAUAUAUUUAGUAGUAAAUUUUUAGGCCAAUCUUUGAUCUAGUUUAGAGGGCAGACAACCUUUUUAAGACAACCAGACAACCAUGCUGAAUUGUCAUUACUAAAUAUGGAAAAAGCGCAAAGCAAAAUAUUGAGUAAAAUAAAACUUUGUCUCGCACAUUAGAUGAACCUUUUCAAAAUGAAUGACAAUUACUUCCAAAACGUGGUAAAAUCAAAGAUUGUAAGUUGUUGUGCAACAGCUAUACAAUACAAAAGUUGUAUGUUCAUUAUAUCACUAAUUUUAGAUGGCCAAGAAUUGUGUGAAAUUUUUUCAUUUUAUUAUUACUUAAAAAAUUAUCAAUGCUUGCUUCCUCAUUGCAGUCUUAUUUUGCAUCACACUACUUAAUUAAAAUGUGUUUAAAAAGUUAAAGUAAUUAGUGAAAAAUUGGGUUAUUAUUUAAUAGUCAUUUUUAGAGACGAAAGUUGUUUACAGGCCUCGUUUGGCACACGUGCAAGUGGUUGUAUUAGGCUUAUAUGGGAGUAGUUGUCUUUAGAAAAUAUGCCCGCAGUAGUGUUUGGCUUAUAUGGGGGUUGUUGUGUUUGGCUUAUAUGGGGGUAGUUGUGUUUGGCUUAUAUGGGGGUAGUUGUGUUUGGCUUAUAGGGGGGUAGUUGUGUUUGGCUUAUAGGGGGGUAGUUGUGUUUGGCUAAUAUGGGGGUAGUUGUGUUUGGCUUAUAUGGGGGUAGUUGUGUUUGGCUUAUAUGGGGGUAGUUGUGUUUGGCUUAUAGGGGGGUAGUUGUGUUUGGCUUAUAGGGGGGUAGUUGUUAACCACUGAUCUAGUUUGUGUUAUCCUAGUUUCAAACCAUCUGUUAAGACAAAGUAAUUUUAUUACUUUUUAUAGCCGAUUGAUGAAAAAAGGCAGCAGGAACAGUUUUCAUUAUUUAUUUAAUAAUUUGAAAGUUUAUUGAAUAAGUUAAAAUGUUACUUCAGGCAAAAUGCAGUUUGAAAGCAAUUAAUAUUGUGAUUAUAAUGAAUCCAAACAAGGAAGAGAAUCGUAUUCUUCAUGAGAGAGAAGCAAAGCUAAAGGAAAGAGAGAGAAUGCUGGCCAUAUCUCAAGAAAGCUUACAGACUGUUACAGAGCAUCAGAUCAAAUUGAAGCUGAUGGCUAUGGAGGAAGUGAGUGGAUUUAUUCCUUAACAGAUUCUUUUUUUUUUUUAAUAAGUUGAAUUAUUAAGUAUUUCUUUUUAAAACGUGUAAUGAACACAAGUCUAAAGCUACAUUGCAUAAAAAAAGUUAUGCAUUAAUCACUUAAAAUGGAAAAACAAUUUUUGUUUUCCUUCUAAGUUUUCAAAUUUCUUCAAAUUAACCAAAUGAUUAUAUAUUUUAAUUUCCAUACUUCUUUUUUUAAAUUAGCAAUGAGCUAGGUCUACAGAAUAUUAAUAAUGUGAGAUAGCUCUAAAGAAUAUUUAUAAAGGGAGAUAGCUCUAAAUAAUAUUUAUAAAGGGAGAUAGCUCUAAAGAAUAUUAAUAAUUGACUUUCAUUGAGGGUGGAAAAAGCAGAAAAAUGCAGAUACUGAACAAGGAUACAAACUUUUUCACUGACUAUAAUUCUUCCCAAGUUUUAUCAAUAACUAAAACACUGUCUUUCAGAGGUUUGGCAAUGAACUGAAACAAAUGGACCAAGCAUUAAAAGAAAAAACAAAAGAAAACAAGAGAUUAAAGGAAAACUUUGAAACAUUGAAGCAGGCAAAUGAUAUAAUGAAAAAGGAAGUACGUCUUUAGAGAUCACUUACUAUUUAACUUUUACUUUAAAUAUUUUAAAUUAAUUGCUUUUUUUAAUUUUUUUUUUUUUUUUUGUAUAUAAAAAGAAAAUGUAAGACUAAUUGCACUAUGUUUUUUCAUACAUUAUUUUUAACUAAUCAAAAACCUCCUGCUAGAAUACUUAUAGAGUUGCUUUUAAAAUAACAGUGAUUUUAUCAGUGAUGUUUUUCCUUCAAUCUUUCUUGCCUCGCAGCUUGAGGUCCUUAGUGCUCAGAAUGCUAAGCUCAUCAAAACAUCAAACAGUUUACAAGCAAGACUUACAAAUUUACAGGUAAGUUGACCCUUUUCGUCAUAUACUUCAUUUUAAAGUCAAACAAUGAUUCAUCACAUAUUUAUUAUAAGAUGUCAACUGACAAUUUUCAAAUAUGUUUGUAGAGGAAACAAGAGUAUGAACUCAAAUUGAAAGACUCUGAAGUGAUGAAACAGUCCAUUGAAGCUAGCGCAGACCAAGGAAAAGAAGCGGCUGGUCCUAAGCCUGGGGAUAAACCAGAUGAAAAACUGCAAAAGUCUGCUAAACAGAGUCGGGUAAGAUCAUGUUCAUGUGUUUCAAGUUUUGAUGUGUAGUUAAGUUGCGAAGGUUUCAAUGUUUAUAUUGUAGUUUCCCUUUGCAAUUUUAAGUAGUGAUAUGUUUAAAAAAGAGAACAAUGUAUCGUCAAAAAAUGACAAAAGAUUCAAUUUUUAUCAGCAGAGCUCAGUACAUGUGUACUCUGCCGCACUGUCGGCCCUUCUGGAUUGGGUGUGUGAGGCACACCUACGUCAAGCCCUGACAGAGAUGCCAACUAAACCAUCAGAAACUUACUGUGCACCCGCAUUUAUUCAGGAGCGUGUGCUCAAGGUGGGUGAACUUCUGGAUAAUUUGUCAAUCACUUCAUAAUUGUGUAUGAGUGCUGGUCUAGUCACUUCAUAACUGUGUAUGAGUGCUGGUCUAGUCACUUCAUAACUGUGUAUGAGUGCUGGUCUGGUCACUUCAUAACUGCGUAUGAGUGCUGGCCUAGUCACUUCAUAGCUGCGUAUGAGUGCUGGCCUAGUCACUUCAUAACUGUGUAUGAGUGCUGGCCUAGUCACUUCAUAGCUGCGUAUGAGUGCUGGCCUAGUCACUUCAUAACUGUGUAUGAGUGCUGGCCUAGUCACUUCAUAACUGUGUAUGAGUGCUGGCCUAGUCACUUCAUAGCUGCGUAUGAGUGCUGGCCUAGUAACUUCAUAACUGUGUAUGAGUGCUGGCCUAGUCACUUCAUAACUGUGUAUGAGUGCUGGCCUAGUAAUUUUUAUUCUUGCUUGUUAGCUAAAAAAUGCCAAUAAUGAUUAAUUGUUUUUAAAAACUUUUUUGUUUGCAAAUAGCAUUUCUAGUUGAUCAUUUGAAAAUUGUAUCUGUGGCUAUAACAAAAUCAAACAAUCAGUUUUAAUUAAAGUAAAUAUUUUCAAUCAGAAGUGAAGUUUUAUGGUAUAUAGAGGCCGACCGAAUUUCGGCUUCGGUUUUGGCGCUGAAAGUGGCCAUUUUAUCACUUUCGGCCAAUUUUCGGUUUCGGCCGAAACUGGAAAGUUAACUUUCGGCUUAAUUUCGGUUUCGGCCGAAAGAGAAAAGUUAACUUUUGGUUUUUCUUCCGUUUCGGCCGAAAUUGAGUUAGACUUUCGGCCAUCCGGCCGAAAGUGACUCAGGUUUUCGGUCAUUUAAUACUAAGCAAAAGCAAUAUUUAACAACAAACUAAGCGACAUUUAAGAACAAAUUAAGCGAUAUUUGAGAACAAACUAAAUGAUAUUUAACAACAAACUAAGCGACAUUUAAAAACAAACUAAACGAUCUUUAAAACAAACUAAACGAUUUUUAAGAGCGAACUAAAAGAUCUUUAAGAACAAAACAAAUGAUCUUUAAUGAUUUAUAAGAAUAAACUAAGCGAUCUUUAACAGAAGACUAAAUGUUCGUUAGGAACAAACUGAAAGAUCUUUAAGAACAAACAAAUUGAUCUUAAGGAACAAACUCAAUUAUCUUUAAGAACAAACUAAGCGAUCUUUAUGAAAAAACUAAGUGAAUUUACAACAAACUAAGCGAUCUUUAUGAACAAACUAAACGAUCUUUAAGAACAAAUAAAGCUAUCAUUAACAAAAACUAGACGAUCUUUAACAACAAACCUAUGCGAUCUUUAAUAACAAACUAAACGAUCUUUAACAACAAACCAGGCGAUCUUUAUGAACAAACUAACCAAUCUUUAAGAAAAAAAUAAAGAGAUCAUUAACAAAAACUGGACGAUCUUUGUCAACAAACUAAGCGAUCUUUUACAACAAACUAAACGAUUUUUAACAACAAACUAAGCGAUCUUUAAGAACAAACUAAACGGUCUUUAACAACAAACUAAACGAUCUUUAACAACAAACUAAGUGAUCUUUAAGAACAAACUAAACGGUCUUUAACAUCAAACUCAGUGAUCUUUAACAACAAACUAAGUGAUCUUUAAGAACAAAUUAAGCGAUCUUUAAGAUGAAACUAUGCGAUAUUUUAGAACAAUCUAAGCGAUCUUUAUGAACAAACUCACCGAUCUUUAAGAGCAAACUAACCGAUCAAUAACAACCAACUAAACGAUCUUUAAAAACAAAUUAAGUGAUCUUUUAGAACCAUAUUUUUUAGAGACCCGGUUUAAAAAAAUAAUAUUAUGCAUUAAUUUCCCCUCCUCCUCCCCCCUCCCCAAUUUUUGCCAAAUUUUCUCCUACCAUACAAAUUUGAAAAAAUUGUAAAGCAAGCUAAAUUACUUUUAUAUUAAAAUGGUAAAAUCCAAAGUAUUCAUUAGAUCAAGGGUAUCAAACUCAAAUUAUGGGGCGGGGGGGGGGCACAGGAGGUAGUGUCUGAAUAAGAGUGGGCCGCAUUAAAUAAUCCACAAAAAAAGCGAUUACAACUGUUACAAUCUGGUCAACCUUUAUAAAUAACAAUGAAAUAAUUAAGGGAUCUCAAGAACCUGGCAUACAAAAAUAUAUAGCUUCAUUAAAAAAAAAAUCAGAAUUAGAUUAGUCGGUGAGAUCGACUGAAACCGUCGUGGAGAGUCACGUUAUAGAUAUGAGAAUGGGGGAAACGGGCCGGCACAUUUACACUAAACUUUUCUGUCAUGUAGCGGGCCGCAAAAUAUCGUCUUGCGGGUCACAAAUGGCUCCCUGGCGUGAGUUUGGGACCCCUAAAUUAGAUGUUUAUUUAUUAAUAUUUACGAUUAUCUCAUUUUUAUAAAAAGAAUGUAAAUAUUUAUACUUUCCCACAUCAUUUUCGAUGCAAGCAGAAUGUAUGCCGGAACGAAUUUCAAAAUAUCUUAAUAUUUCAGUUUCGGUUUCGGCUUCGGUUUCGGCCAAAAUUAAUUUUUUACUUUCGGCCUUUUUUCGGUUUCGGCCGAAAGUCCUUUUUAAACUUUCGGCCUUUUUUCGGUUUCGGCCGAAGUCAUUUUAAACUUUCGGCCUAUUUUCGGCUUCGGCCGAAAUCAGAAAAUCACUUUCGGUCGGUCUCUAAUGGUAUAUAACAGAAGACUUAUAGAUUAGAUCAGCACUCCCCAAAUGGUGGUCCGUGGACCGGCACCGGUCCGCAAGCCUAAAUUACCGGUCCAGAGAGCAUGAAUAUUGAUGUUUAAAUAGAAAGAAAAUGUAAUUAAUAAAUCUGGAAACGGUCCCUGGUGCAGUUUCAAAACUUGUCCACCACUCCGUGAAACUUAAAAAUUUGGAAAUGCUGCAUUAGAUGUCUUAUGUUUGCAUUGUUCUUUUUCAAAAAUGUCGUGGUAAGAAUAUUUAUCCCUAUGCUGAAGAUGAAGAUGUACUAAUUCCAUUUAUUUGGAUGAAUAAAAGAAUCUUAUCUUAUAUGGUAGGACAUUUUUUUUUUAUUACGACAGACAGCACAUGUCAGACACAUUAUUAUAUUUAAAUGACCUCCCUGUUUAUUUCAGGUACUUCCGAAUCUCGUUGACAUUCUCCGAGACAAUGCCUCCAAUCUUCGCUGCUGCCUGCCAUGUCUACAGUUUAUUUAUUGGUCACUUCUGCACAUAGAUCAGAUACAAACUCAGCAGGUGGGUCCCAGCUUUACCCACAAUGCAUUUUGUGUCAUUACCCAGCUUUACACACAAUGCAUUUGUGUCAUUUACCCAGCUUUACCCACAAUGCAUUUUGUGUCAUUUAGAUCUACAGAUGAAAAUAAGUAAUAAAUUAGGGUAUUGUUAUGUUUUUCCCAGAGAUUACCGCUAGUUAUAAAUCAUUGUACUGAGUACUACAAUUAUAAAUCUAAGUAUUCUUCAGUUACACACACAUCAAGCUUUGCUUUCUGUUCGAGACUUACUACAUCAGCUGUAACUUAACUACAUCAAUUUUUUUUAAUUGAUAGAGUUUUUUUUUAAAUCGCACAUCUAGUUAAUUCCUGUAUCCUGACUUGGGAUGACCAUCACACAUUUCCUGAAGAUAAUUAUUUUAUAAGGGCUACAAGACAUUUUCUAAAAAAAAAAAAAAAAUUGUUUCAAAAAUUUUACUGUAAUUUAACUACCUUAAUUUUUUUUAAUUGAUAGAGUUUUUUUUUAAAUCGCACAUCUAUUUAAUUCCUGUAUCCUGACUUGGGAUGACCAUCACACAUUUCCUGAAGAUAAUUAUUUUAUAAGGGCUACAAGACAUUUUCUAAAAAAAAAAAAAAAAUUGUUUCAAAAAUUUUGUAUCACUGACACAAUGGUCUUACCUCCCUUUCUUGUCAUUAGAAUGUCAGUAUGACACAAUGGUCUUGCCUUUCUUUCUUGUCAUAGUUUGUCAGUAUGUCACAAUGGUCUUACCUCCCUUUCUUGUCAUUAGAAUGUCAGUAUGUCACAAUGGUCUUACCUCCCUCUCUUAUCAUAGAAUGUCAGUAUGACACAAUGGUCUUAUCUCCCUUUCUUGUCAUAGAAUGUCAGUAUGACACAAUGGUCUUAUCUCCCUUUCUUGUCAUUAGAAUGUCAGUAUGUCACAAUGGUCUUACCUCCCUCUCUUAUCAUAGAAUGUCAGUAUGUCUACAACCAUGAGGCGACUGGGUGAGGAGAUUUAUUACCCCAAAUCGGCUAAGGUAACAGAGGUAGAGAAAAUUAUGGCCACACCUGCCGCCCUGAGUGAGAAGUUGAAAGAACCACUUUUCAUGCGCAGUUCAAACAACCAUGUGAGGCUGCUGUCAACACUAAUAGUAUUAAAAACUUUAACUCGGGGUAAGUAGAUGGAGGCUAAUAUGCUUUUUUUUGUUUGCAUGAGGUCACCAUAGUUAGUUUUUCUCUAAAAGGCAAGAAAGUGCUUGAAAGUUCAAAACUCAGCUGCUAGGUUAGUUCUAAAGGCAAAGAAACGUGACCGCGUCACUCCAUAACUUCAAUCACUUCAUUGGCUUCUUAUACAGGCACGCAUUGAUUACAAGCUGUCUCUUCUCUGUCAGUACUUUUUCUCUGGUUCCUGCCCUUCAUAUAUUACUGAACUUCUUACUGUCCAUUCACCCCUUUGAAAGCUUAUUUCCUCUGCAGACACGCAUAUUCUUUCUGUUUCCAGAACAUGCACUAAAACAUAUUGUGAACGAUCUUUCUCUUUCUGUGCCCCAAAACAAUGGAAUUCUCUCCCAUUACACAUCCGCAACAUAACGAACAUGACAGGCUUCAAAACUGCCCUCAAGAAAUAAUCGUUUCAAUAUAAAUAUACAUUUCCUGAAUAUCCUACACAUCCUAUUAUAAAAAUAUAGUAACUGACUAUUCAAAAAAAUAUAACUGACAGUCACAAAAAAUACACACCUUUUAUACUAAUGUUUUCAAGCCCGCACCCAAGAAGUCAGAUGUGGCUAAAUCCACCUCAUGAAUAAAGGAAAAAAUAAACCCAUUGGCUCACAUAACAACAACACAAAGUACAAGCCAUGACACACCUCAAACAGCAGCACGUAAUCUGACUAUGACACUGACUACUCCUCUAUAUGUUCCUGUUUAGCUGAUGUUAUAGCCCAGGGCUUUGAUCUGCUGAAAACAGAGCUUAAAACUGACCAGGCCAAAGAGCUGUUCCUUUAUUACCAAGCCACAAAUGUCAUCAUUUUCUACUUAAAACCAGUAAAUAAGGUAAGCCAGAAAGCUCUACCCGUUUGUCAUUGUAAAAUUUUAUCAUCUGUUAUGCAGAAAUAGUAUUUUCAAAUGUGCAAAGGCUGAUUAUGCUUAACCUUUUUUUUUUUUUUUUUAAUUAACCACUAAGCGUUGAUAAAAAUUCCAACAUCCAAUGAAGGGAGAAGAACAUUCUUGAUCAGAAGCAUGCACAAAAUUUAUUGUUUUUUAAGUUACGGUAUACAAUUCUACAGCAAUUUUUUUGUUAAUGUGACAUUUGACUAAGCACUCACAUUUUAAUUUAUCCAACCAGGAAGGUUGGUGUUUAUUUAACAAUUUACUAGUUUGUUUUAGGGUAAAAAAAAAUUGAAGGGCAACUAUUAAGAAUGCUGAAAAACAAAAUGUCACUCUUAGAUCUUGUAAAUAUUUUUCUUUUUUUUUGUGGAAAUUUUUAAACAAAUAUUUAGGUGUCACAUAUAUAGGAUAGUACCCCAGUGUUGUUCAGGUAACUUUGAAGUUGGCCGGAAAUUGCUGUUAUUUUGGGUAGUAGGAGGUCAAAGUUGAUAGAUCCUCACAUCUCAAGAUAGAGAGCGUUAUCUUUUUUUAUAUUAGGUUUCUGGCUUUCCAGGGAAUGUAUGCAAAUUUGGAGUUAACAAUGGGAGUUCCAAAUUAACCGGGGGGACUUUGGGUGUUUCGUCAGGGAUAUGUUAAUAGGAUGGGGCAUACCAGAACUGAAUAAAAGGUCGACGUCUGAGGUAGCUGUCUGAAGACAUUUCAACAGUUAAGAGUUGGUUCAGUUGAGCCGAGUAGAGACAUUUGAGUUACGAUAAUCAAGCUGAAUCAGGAGAUAUGCACAUGAAAAUAGAGAAACCUAGAGUUAGUCGAUACAGACAGGUGAUAGUGCAGUGAGACUGACAGAAGAGCUCUUUAUAUCAGUAAUAAAACAUUUCAUUGUCAUCUUAGCACCUGGAGUUGUUUGGAUCAUUUAUGUCAUGAUGCACUUUUGUCUGUCUCAACUUGUGCUUUGGUCUGUCUAAAGUUGUGCUUUAGUCUGUCUCAACUUGUGCUUUUGUCUGUCUCAACUUGUGCUUGUGUAUGUCUCAUCUGUGCUGUUGUUUGUCUCAAUGUGUGCUUUUGUAUGUCUCAUAUGUGCUGUUGUUUGUCUCAAUGUGUGCUUUUGUAUGUCUCAUAUGUGCUGUUUGUCUCAAUGUGUUCUUUUGUAUGUCUCAACUUGUGCUUUUGUCUGUCUAAACUUGUGCUUUUGUCUGUCUCAACUUGUGCUUUUAUCUGUAUCAACUGUGCUGUUGUUUGUCUCAGUGUGUGCUUUUGUAUGUCUAAAGUUGUGCUGUUGUCUGUCUUAUCUGUGCUGUUGUUUGUCUCAACGCCUAGACAUCCACUGCUACAUCAAAAUAAUGUGUGAUAAGUCUGGACAGGAGCCCUCCUCAUUAAAAACUGUUCUGUGUCAUCGGGCAACGAUUUGUUUCUCCUCUCAAUCCAGAAUUUUACCUCUGUUGCCAUGGAGAUUCUUCUUCAAAUGUCUGCUGACUCUCCCUUCCAACACAACUUCCUUGAAAGCUGCAGCAAUGAAAACUUUUUCCGCUCAGCCGCCUUACUGAUACGCACGCCACUGUCUGACGUACGGGUGAUGGAGAGGCUAAGCAUUAUACUACAGAAACUUUCUAAACUUAAGUAAGUACUAAAUAUUUUAGUUGUUUCUGUUCCACUUAAUGGUACUUUCUACAGUGACAAUAAAUGUGGUACUUUCUACAGUGACACUCAGUGUGGUACUUUCUACAGUGACAAUAAAUGUGGUACUUUCUACAGUGAUAAUCAGUGUGGUACUUUCUACAGUGACAAAUGUGAUAUUUUCUACGGUGACAAUUGACAAUAAAUGUGGUACUUUCUACAGUGAGAAUAAGUGUGGUACUUUCUACAUUAACAAUAGUGUGGUUCUUCCUACAGUGACAAUAAAUGUGGUACUUUCUACAGUGACAAUCAGUGUGGUACUUUCUACAGUGACAAUAAGUGUGGUACUUUCUACAGUGACAAUAAGUGUGGAACUUUCUACAGCGACAAUAAGAAGUGUGGUACUUUCUACAGUUACAAUAAGUAUAUCCCAUGCCCAGAAAUAGUUGUGCAGCAUUCUUAUUUUAAAGAAAUUCAAGAAAAUAUUAAUUAAUUUUUUGUAUAACUUUCCUUAGUUAAUGUUUUGUUUACUUUUUGUGCUUUAUCAUUUUAGAUCCAACAAAAGAUUCUUUGAGACCUACACAAUCGUAGCAAUCAUUCAAGAAAUGUUGGUAGGAGCUGGAAAUGAGAAUGCUUUCCUAACCUUGAAUUUGAAGUCAAUUUUAUUCAAUUUAAAUGUGUCUGUGAAGACGUAGUCAUUGGUGAGUGAUAUGGGGUUUUUUUUGUACCUACUGUAUUUUUAUAUUAAAUGGAAGAUAUCUGUAAUGCUUGUGUAAGGUAAUCUGAAAAUGACUAGCUAAGCCAAAUUUAAUUGAUGAAAAUACAAGUUUUACAGACACCUUAAAAUAAAUUUUUGGUGAUAAAUCAAGAGAGAUUGAAUUUCCAAUCAGAAACACAAUAAGGCUGGUAAAUUCUCUUCAGGAUAAAUCUACUGUUUUAACCCCCCCAAAAAUGUAAUAGUACUAGUAUUAUAGUAGUAUUUUAAGGUAUUAAUUACUUUCUUUCAUUGCUUCUACUGAUAUUACUUGUAAACAUCCUUAUUUAAAAGUCAUUGAAAUGUAUAUACUAUUCUCUGCAAAAUUCCUUGAAAUGUAUAUACUAUUCUCUGCAAAAUUCCUUGAAAUGUAUAUACUAUUCUCUGCAAAAUUCCUUGAAAUGUAUAUACUAUUCUCUGCAAAAUUCCUUGAAAUGUAUUUACUACUCUCUGCAAAAUGAAUUUAAAAUAGUUACUAAAUAUUGAUUCGAAUUGAUAUUUUGUUUAUUUCUGAUGACAAAUAACAAUAAUAAAAUGUAAUUAUUGUUUAUAAAA